GUUCCUUUUUCUAAUUCUCAGGUGAAGACAGCAUGGGAGGAAGGAACUCCAAACCUAAGCCCCAAUAUGACAUCUCCUCUACCAUCGCCCCGAUGACCACUAGCUCUGCACCCUGUCAUUCCAGCCGUCCCAACACAGCAGAUUUAAUCUUGGUCUUUUUUGCUGGGGUUCUACUGACACUGCUGCUGACGGCCAUGGUCUUCCUCAUCAUUAAGAGCUGCAGAAGAUGUCACUACAGUCCCCAGGUCCCAGAUCCUCACUCGUACUCUCCUGCCAAGCGUUCAUCCCUAGGAGAGGACCCGCUAACCUACGCCAGCAUGUCUUUCCAACCCUUGGAAAAGAAGAGCCACAGCUUGACUGCAAACCAUUCUGCGGACUUAGACCCUGUCGUCUACGCUCAGGUUAAAGCGACAAGCCAGUGAGGCUUGACUCCAGUUCCUCUCAUCUCAACAUAUUCUUUUCUGGUCUUCUACAAUUUUUUGGUUGCAGCCAUGUGAAACUGCAGAGUUGUUUAGGCAUGAUCUGACAGUAUGAUCCAGAAGUCUCCAAGACCAGUGGUCAGUUAUUUUCCUGGCCAGAGGAAAGGUUGCUAGCCUUCCUACUUGAACCAACAGACGGACAGCUCCCUGAGGGCCUCCCCAGUAGCCUCCCAAAGGGUAUGAGACAGAGCUCAGUGUUCAAAACGUAAUCCCCCAGUGUCAUUGAUCAACUAGGGAGGAGUCAACCCAAUGAACAAUCUAUCAAGAAUUCCAAAAAAGAAUUCUUCUUCAUCAGUAAUUAGUCUAUCACAGUCACCUUCUCCAGAAGUCAGGACCAGUGUUCUACACAAAUACAAAAUCCAUACUGUAUAAAGCACUAUUCAAAUGUGGGUUUCCAUAUCCUUCCUAUGGCGUAUGCAAUAUGCAUAACAACCUUACAUGAGAACCAAAAAUAAAAAUUAAUCUAAACAUUAAUUCCCCUCCAAUCACAAUGGAUAAUCAUAUAGGCAAUCCCAUUAAAGAUAUCAAUCCCAAUAAAAAAAAUUCUAGGUACACUUACCUUAAAAUUCCCACUUAAAUAAGAAAGCAAAUCAGAAAAAUUCAUAAAGACAAAUUAAUGAUAAAUAAAAUUUAUAUAGGAAAGUUAGCCCUAGCAGCUAACUUAAAGCACCUGUUUGUUUUAUUUUUUAAAGACACUUUAUUAAUAUAUUAUUUACGCAUGCCUCACUUAUUUACAUAGUAUAAUUCAAUGGGGUUUUUUUCUUUUUUUAAAUUUAUUUCUUACAUACAUGACAAUAGUGGAGUGCAUUACAUUCAUAAUUAUCCAUUCACUAAUUCAAUGUUUUUAAUGUAUUUACCAUAUUGUACAACUAUCACAAAAAUCUAAUUUUAGAAUAUCAACUUCCUAAAAGAAUUUCCACACACUUUAGGAGUCAAUCCUCAUUUUCUCACCCUAAGGCCCCUAAAUAAUCACUAAUAUGCUGCCUAUCUCUAUAUGUUUGCCUAUUCUGAACUUUUCACAUAAGUGGAAUCCUACAAUAUUUGGCUUCUUUGACUUAACGUAAGUUUAACCAUUUUGCAGCAUGUAUCAGUAAUUCAUUCCUUUCUAAUAUUGAAUACAGUUGCUUUAUAUGGUAUGCCACCUUUUGUUUGAUCAUUCAACAGUUGAUGGAAAUUCAAAUUGUUUCCACUUUUUAGUUAUGAACAUUGCUGCUGUAAUAACAUUUCUGUACUAGUUUCUUAAAGUACCUGUUUUGUUAAGUACGAUUAAUUAAUAUGCUAAUGAUUCAUGAAUAAAUAAAUCAGUAGAAUAGAAUAAAAAAGACCAGAACUAAACUAAAAUACAUAUGGACAUUUAGAUUUGGGAGAUGGUUUAUUAAAUGAUUUGAGAAAAUUUGGUUUAUUCAGUAAAUGGUAUUCAGAUUUUUAAAAAGUAACCAUGAACCAUCUCACUCCUUAUGUCAAAAUAAAUUCCAGGUAUGUCAGAAACUAAACUGUAAAAGAUCAUUAAAGUACUGUAAUAAAUAUAAGAGUAAAAAUAAUUCAGAGUGGGUCAUGUCUUUAAACUUAUGACACAAACCCCAGAAAUCAGAAUAUAUUUAUUUGAUUUAUAGAAUACCAUUAGAAGAAAGUCACAAAGACAAAUGACACAUUUGCAAAACAUUUCCAAAGCAUCUCACAGUUGAAGGACUAGUUUUCUUAGUAUAUAAAAAAAAAAAAAAUCUGUAACAUAAGUUUAACCAUUUUGCAGCAUGGGAAUUGGUCAAAAGGGAAACUAAUGGUUCUUAAAAACAUAUGAACAGAUACUCACUCGAGUUCACUCAUAAUUAAAGCAAUAGUAAUUAUAACUACAAUUAAAUGAUGUUUUAUAUCAAUAAGGUUAGCAAAAUUCAAAAAGUUGUUAAAGAUCUGUGGGGGUAAGAUUGUGGGGACCGAAGACAGUUCAAGUAUUAUCGAAGACAAUUUGGCAACAGCUAAUGAUAUUGUAAGUUCUGUUUCCAAGAAUUUGUAAACAAUUCUAUUGCUAAGAAUUUACCCUUCUUAAAUACAUGGAAAAUUCACUAUAUAA